CUCACUCCGGCGCCAACUUUCUUCGACGUACCAGGGCUGAAGAAGAUGCGCGCUGUACAGUAUUGGAGUAUUUGUAAGCGCCUAGGUCCCCAACUGCGCAGAAUCCCAUGUCUUCUUUAUUCGACCCUUAGAGUUCAGCCGCGCUCGCUGUCGACUUCCUUGGCAGAGGAACUGCUUACAUCACCCAUACUUUCUGCGCUGCUUGUCCAUCGCGCGACCUCUCUGUAGAUCAAGAUGCGCUCAUGGCGCUAGGGCCGGCGAAUGGGCGGCGUUUGAAACGCUCCCUGCCCCCGGAUCAGGCGGCAAAGAAGAGGACAAAGACAUUCACUGGCUGCAGUACCUGCCGUCAACGCUCCUUGAAAUGUGGCCUGGAACGACCGGCAUGUCUACGCUGCCAGUGGAGCGGCAUGCGAUGCGGCGGAUAUGGCGUCAGAUUGACUUGGCCCGGCGAGGACAGCGGGACCGGACGCCGUUACAUGCUCGAACCUGCAUUGAGUCGGAGACCUAUUCUAAGCGAAGAUGCAGUUGACCAGGCGCUGUCAUGUAUCGAAUCUGCUGAUGGCGAGAAUGCCAUCGCCGUCGAUCUAUUCUCCGUUUUUCGUCUCGGCAAACAUCAACCAGAGGUUGUGGAAGAUCCGCGCACAACGUGCAGCGUCAUCGCCGUGGCAUCCGACAGUGCAAGAUUCGCUGCUGGAAUGGCACGAGCACUCCCGACCAUCAUCUUCCCUGCUUUGAAUUCCUCGGCAGUCCGGGUUGAGCAUGAGAAAUUGCUCAUGCACCAUUGGACAUGCUUCCUCAGUGGUGCGAUGACAGCUUUCCCCCGUCCGGACAACGCUUUCCGGGAUAUCAUCACCCCGCGCGCCCUCAGCGCUUUGACCUUCAACAGCAACUCUCCCGCUCAUCUCGCCUUGCUUGCCGCGCUAUACGCACUCGCAGCAGCGUCCAAGUCCACUCUGCGCGAGGAAGACUUCCCAGCCUUCCAUCGUAUUCACCUCCAAUACCUCAAUUCUAGCACACACUACCUGAAUCAAGCGCUUUCAAGUACCGAUUUCGAAGAACAGCAAGCCAUCCUGGCCACGAUUAUGCUCCUGGUCGUCAUACCUGCAUUCACUGGCGACUCUUCUGACUGGCGCGUACAUCUGCGAGGGGCCGAUCUUUGGCUCAAUACGGUCGAUCUUGAUCAAUGGCGAUGCUCUCGAAGUGCAGCAACUCUCUACCAACUCUUCUCCAUCGUCGCAUCCCUUCGUCCUGUCCACCGUCGUCUCGCCAACGGUCUUCCGCUACCUAAACGCCGCUUGCAAAUCUCGGCCACUGCUGAAACCGUCAAGUCUCCGCAGAAAUGGAUCAAUCAAUAUGUCUCUGCAGAGGAAAUUGCCGACGACAAUGCACUCAACGAGCUCGAACUUGCAGUAUACCGGAGUGAUCCGAGGCAUGUCGUUUUGAAGUCACCUACCACAAUGUAUGAAAGGAUGGCUCAUGCGCACACCAUGCUUUUUCACUACGCAUGCCACAUCUACUUUGGUAGUGCGCUGCGGAGACGUACAUCUAGCGCCAUGCAGUACUUUGUCACUUGCGCCAUUGCACACAUCGAAGAGAUCACGCAGCUUGAGACUGGUCUCGAUGUCUCGGGAAUCAUGUGGCCAGCCUUCAUUACUGCCUGUGCAGCGGAGAAUCCAGAGCUGCGUAGCCGGACUAUGCAGUACUUUAUCUUCCGGGAGCGCCUAGGGAUCGCAAAUGUCACAAAUGCCAAACAAGUAACGAUGGAGGUGUGGAGGCGGCAGGAUGAAGCUGGCCCGGACACGCACAUAUCUUGGCAAGAGGUCAUGGCUGAUCUCAAGAUUGAUAUCAUCUUGAGCUAACCGCCGAAUCCACCAUCAGCUCGGCCAGACCGUAUCGUCGACGCGGUAGAUCCACUUCUCACCGCUUGGCCCUCUGCCCUCGCGCAUCUCUUGCAUCCCAUCCAGGACACCGAUCAGCCCGCCUGGUCUCAGGCGCGUGGGAUGUGUCUUCCACUUGCCCUCUUUCAGGAGCCGCUCACUGAUUGGCGCGAACGAAACCAUGAAAUCGAACAUGGAAGGAUCCGCAGGAAAGUGUUCGCCUUCGCAAAUAUACGCUUCGCCAGAGCAUCCAUACGCCAGGAA